CCCAUGCAGAAUCACUGCCGCCUGUCGGUGAAGAGGACAGCGGUGAUGGUAUAAAAUUGUUGGGAUGCCCACACCGCUCAGCCAGAGCCUCAGCGUCCACGAUUGUGGGACUCAUCAUUCAUAGAAAAAAGGGAUCCAAUCGUAUUGAUCCAUCUUCCAUCAGUGGCCUGAGACAUUUUUUCUUCCUGUCUGCUAGAAGCCACCAUGGCAGUGUUGGCGGCCUAUUGGGCAUGCUUGGUUGCCCUGUCAAUGACAAUGAGUGCAGGCCAUACUUUGAGAAGAAUAAGCUUGAAGAAGAUGCCGUCUAUCAGGGAAACACUGCAGGAUAUGGGCGUCUCAGUGGAUCAGGUGUUGACUGAGCUAGCACAGAUGAGCGUGGAAGACUUCAGCAACGGAACUGCUCCCACUCCCCUGACCAACUAUUUGGAUACACAGUACUAUGGAGAAAUCAGCAUCGGCUCUCCAGCUCAGAUGUUCAACGUCGUAUUUGACACAGGCUCAGCCAACCUGUGGGUUCCCUCGCAAAGCUGCUCCCCUUUCUCCACAGCCUGCUUUACUCACAACAGGUAUGACGCCUCCAUGUCUCGUACCUACAUGGAAAAUGGAACAGGAUUUUCCAUCCAGUACGCGUCAGGGAACGUCAGGGGAUUCCUCAGUGAGGAUGUGGUCGUGGUGGGUGGAAUCCCGGUGGUUCAGGUUUUUGCAGAGGCAACCUCCCUGUCUGCCAUGCCCUUCAUCUUUGCAAAGUUCGACGGCGUCCUGGGGAUGGGCUACCCGAAUGCAGCCAUCGACGGUAUCACUCCAGUGUUUGACCGCAUCAUGUCGCAGCAUGUCCUCAAGGAGGAAGUGUUCUCUGUUUACUACAGCAGGGAUCCCCAACAUUCCCCCGGUGGAGAGCUGGUUCUUGGUGGCACAGACCCAAACUACUACACUGGAACAUUUAAUUAUAUGGAGACCAAAGAGAUGGGCAAGUGGGAGGUUGUGAUGAAAGGUGUUUCUUUGGGAACCGAAAGGAUAUUUUGUGCAGAAGGCUGCACAGCUGUGAUCGACACAGGCUCCUCCUACAUCACCGGCCCGGCCUCCUCCGUUUCUGCGCUGAUGAAAAUCAUUGGAGCGCAGCUGGACGAGAGUGGUUACAAAGUCAACUGUGACACUGUGAAGACAUUGCCAAGUGUUGCUUUUCAUCUUGGUGGCCUCGAGUAUUCCCUCACGUAUGAAGAUUAUAUUCUGUGGCAAUCCCAGAUCGAGGGCGAUGUCUGCAUUGUUACCUUCAGGGGCUUGGAUGUGCCACCCCCUACGGGUCCCAUCUGGAUCCUGGGAGCCAACUUCAUCGCCCGCUACUACACAGAAUUUGAUCGCCGCAGUAAUCGGAUAGGCUUUGCUGUAGCAGUCUGACAACAUUCAAAAGGAACACGAUUUGCAACUUCCUUCUACCCUCAGUCGGUUGUUCAUAUGUAGUACUUUAUGCAACCUAUUAAAGGGGACGUCAAACUAAAAAAUUGCUUUACAGUAAUAUGUUCUAUUACUACUGUAAUCGUGGCGUUCUGAUUAAUAUUGUAUUUGUGGAAUAUGAGUUUAGCAACAAAAUGCACCGUUUUU